AUGCAGUAAGAAUCAUAUUCUUAAGAAGCAAAUAUAACCCCAAUAAAUUAUCAAAUGAGUACUCCUACUAAAGAAAAGAAACAAAAUAAAACUAAUUAAUCAACUACAAUACAAUCUCCUAAUAAUAAUGAUUUUUAUUCUCCAAAAAAUGUCAACCCUUGGAAAACUCCUAAGUCUUUAUUAAAGAGUAAUUAAAAAUAAACUACUCCUGAACAUUCUUUGUAAGCAUCUCCCUAUGGAGAUCGUUAUAUUCCACUUAACGUCUCUAGAAAUCUUUUCAAUAAACAAAUACAACCCUUUGAGAUUGAAGAAGAAAAUAUUUAUGAAGAACUCUUAAGUGAAAAUGUAUUAGAAAUAGAUGAGAACAAACAUGUUAGUAUUUUGAAUUUUAACAAAUAAAAACCUGAAAAAAUAUAACCAAAUAAAUAGUAAGAAACUCCAAAAAGAAAAAUUGAUACCUUACCAAUUAAAGUACUUGAUGCUCCAGGAAUGGAAGAUGAUUUUUAUUAAGACAUCUUACAUUGGGGCAAGAACAACUUAAUUGCUAUAGGUUUAUAGAGAUGUGUAUACUUAUAUAGUGUUGACACUUCUAAAGUAUUUUAAUUGACAUACCCACCAAACAAUUUAGUUAAUUAGAAUUAAUAUACUUCAUUAUAAUGGAAUACAAAUGGAUAAAUAUUAGCUAUGGGAAGUUAUGAUGGUCAAUUAAAAUUAUGGGAUUACAAUAAAAAUAUUUAUACAGGAACUAUGAAUAUUUCAACCAAAAGAAUUAGUACAAUAAAUUGGGCAAACUCUAAUAUUUUUGCAUAUGGUAGCAAAGAUAAAACUAUACAUAUUUGUGAUAUUAGAGUACCAACUUAUUCUGUAUUUUAAUUACAUGGACAUACAUAAGAGGUUUGUGGAGUAACAUUUGAUGGAAAUGAAUUAUAAUUAGCUUCAGGAGGCAAUGAUAAUAGAGUUUUUAUUUGGUAAUUAAGAGGAGGGAAUACAAACUCAGAUAAUCAAUAUGUCUCAUGGGAAAUUAAAUCUCAUAAGGCAGCGAUUAGAGCUUUGGCAUGGAGUCCUAAUUCAAGUGGAAUUUUAGCUACAGGAGGGGGAAAUCAAGAUAAAACUAUAAAAAUACAUAGUUCAUUAACAAAUAAGGAAUUUAAUAGUAUUAAUUGUGAUUCUCAGGUUUGUAAAUUAAGAUUCUCUAAAAUUGUUAAUGAAUUAGUUUCAACACAUGGUUAUGAAAAAAAUUAAAUAUGUAUAUGGCAAUAUCCAACAAUGAAAAAAAUGCAUUAGUUAGAAGGGCAUUCUGAAAGAGUGCUUUAUUUAUCAGCAAGUCCUGGUAUUUUUAUAUUUAAUAUUUAUAGAUGAAUCUACUAUAUUAACAGGAUCUGGAGAUGAAACAUUAAAAUUUUGGAAAAUUUUCCCAACUUAAAUUUCCAAUAAUAUGUCUUCACUUCUUACAAUGUGUGAAAUUAGAUGA